UUUGUCUUGGUACAUUUAUGUACAUAUGAGGCACCAGUCCAGUAUCUGCAGUAUUCUCCAACCCAUGUGCAGUCUUGUCGCUCCUGUGAGAUCUAGCCAACAAGGAGUCAUGUAUGCAAGAUACAAGCAAGAGGCAGACUCUUGCAGUGAUGAUCAGCUUGAAAGGAAGGGCUGCUCAGGAGCUCUUCUUGAUAUGCUGGCUGAAGUUGCAUCACAAACUUUACAUUCUGAUCCAAGUGUUAAGUUGUCACCAAUCAAGAGACAAGCCAAAAGAGCAGCAGACCUCAGUUGUCACCUUUCAAACAAGAAAAAGCGAAUGGCUUGCCGUAGUCGAAGUGGAGAAGGGAACACAAUGGAUCUAGAACACCUUCGAUCACUAACAGCUAACCAUCUGCUGAAGCUGUUCUCUGAGUUUGAUGGUGAUGAAAUUCGUAGGAUAUUUACAUUCACUUGUUUUAUGGAACCAGAGCAGUGCCGUCAGCAGUUUUCAAGCUUUGGCAGUGAGGGUAAAGCCAGACAACAAAUGAAGAGUCAUCUUUUGGAACAUGUGCACCAGUUGGAACUUAAAGCAGAGCGUGGUUUUCAGUUCACAGUUGAGUCAGUUAGAGUAAGGCAGCGCCGUCUGGCUGAAAAGUUCAAUGGGUCAAACAGGAGGCAUAAUGUUAGCUCAAGGAUUAAAGUAGAACCAACUAUGAAAUCAGAGCCAUUAGAUGAAAAUGAUAGCAGUCUUCAUAAUAAGGAGAAUAACAAUUGUUCUCUUUCUGAGAACUGUGUCCUUGUGAAGCCAAAUCUAAAAGCAGAAAAGUUGCCCAAUCAUGAUGUAGUUGGAAAUUUGAAUGAGAAUAGUAAUAACAAGAGUGAGAUGGAAGCAGAAAGUAGUGAGGAUAAUAAUGGAUUAGGAUAUGAUAAUGUUGUAGAGAAAAUCUAUGCUACAGAAGAGAAGAGUGGCAACAGUGAACGUUGUUAUGGAAUUUAUGAAGAACACAAUUAUAUUAUACUUGAAGCAGAAAAUAAUAAUACUGAUGUGCCAGCUGUGGAUCACAGAAAGUGCACCUGGUCUGAAACUAAAAUUAGUCAGAAUGGAUGUGGAUUACAGUACCAGGAGAAACAGGAAAAAAUGAAGGAAGUAUCUGUCCCUUGUCAUAAGACUCCUGCUGCAGACUUGGGAAAAUUUAUGAUGGCAGAAACAUUAUGUGAUAUGGUAAUGGUCUGUGUAUUGGAAGAUGAUCAGUUACAAUUGAAGCAGCUGCCCUGUGUAGGACAAGAGAUUGAUGUAAAUACCUAUCAGUCAUUCUCAUACAAGAUGAUCAGAUCAGAUGACCUUCCAGUUGUGCAAGAUAAUAGAAAAGCCGAACCACAGGCUUAUAAUGAUGAAGUGAUGAGAGAAAUGAACUGUGAAAAGCGUAUUGAAAGGGAUGAAUACAUCCAAAAGAAAAAGCCCAAAGGGAAAGCUAAGUUUAUUGGACAGUCAAAAGCUGAAAAGGAAAUGGCUGUUCAUUUGAUUGAAAUGAUGAAACGGAAGGGAAAUACUGAGUCUCUUGAAUGCUACAUUUGCAACCCACCUCGCUCAUUUACUGCACCAACUACUCUUAUUAGCCAUUAUAGGAGCCAUGCAGGCAUCAAGCCCUAUGAAUGUCGAAUUUGUCGUUCAGUAUUCACCAGGCAGCACAGUCUAAAUUACCACAUGUUAAUUCAUUCAAACCAGACACGCUUCACAUGUACCGAUUGUGGCCGCAAAUUUCGACAUCCAUCUCAUUUCAAGGAACACAGACGUCGCCAUACAGGGGAAUCUCCAUAUGAAUGCUCAGAUUGCAUGCUUCGGUUCAAAACCCGUAAUACUUACAAACGUCAUCUGAAAACUCGUCAUGGGAAGGUACUGACUACUACUGGUGGCCUUAUCAUUUUGUCAGAGGAGGAGUUCCGUAGUGUUAGGACUCUACCCCGUUCCCCUCACAGCACAACUGCACAUGUAAAACAAGAACUACAAGGUGGGAAGAAAAGAUCUCAUAAAGGAAAGGGACGAUUUAAAAUUAGUGGUAAAAGGAAACCUUUGGAACUCUGUGGCAUGAUGAAUGAGGAAGAUGAAGAAGACAUUAAGGAAAAAACUAGUUUUAAUUUUAACGAGAGUACCUAUCAUCAGUCAGCAAUAGCUGUCACAAUUCCUGCCAAUAAGGACCAUGAAGAUACUAAAGAUUUAAUAGGCGUAGAAAAAACAAGUUGUAUCACUAAUUUUGAGAGUGAGGUUACGCUGCCAGUGGCAGAGUGUGAACCACCUCAGAAAUCUUUUCAAGAUAUUGUGGAAGAAGCCAUGCGACAGAGUAAUAUUUCUUUCACAGAUGAUUCAGAAAAUGAUAAAGCCAGUGUUGUGGUGUUGGAUGUACCUGUUACUAAUACUGAAAAUGUAUGCAACCCAAAAGACAGGACAUUUGAGAGUCAACAAGAAAGUAUACAACAAUUGGGUGUCUCUGCUGUCAACGUCAAGAGCAGUUGGAAUACAGUUAAUGUUCAUCUGAAAAGAACAAACAAAGGAAAGAGUUGUACAGCAACAAACAUAUUAGACAAUGAGUCAUUUCAUAGAAAUACUAAUAAGAAUAUUGCUCACUUACAACCUAUGCCGUUAAUAUUGCCUAAUGUGACAGGAUUUAAUCCUCUAAUGAUAAAUACAGGAAUUCACCAAGCACAGGCAUUACCCACAUUGCUGUCUAGCAAUGUGCAGGCAUCUCCUUUAAGUUCCUCCACCUCAUCUUCAUCCUCAGCAUCGUCAGCAUUCCUUUCACCUCAGUAUGAAGUGGAUAAGAAAAAUGCAGUCUCUAGACAGUUAGAAGCUGAAGUCUUGAACAUGGUUGAAUCAAACAGGUUCAAUAUUAUCAGUGCUAAUUCUCAGCAAGCUACUAUCAUGCUUGUAGCUGAUGAUUCUAACAGUUUCGCUACAGUACCACAUCAGAAUUACAUCUUAAAGGAUUUUGAAAAGAGCUCUGAAAAGAUUGUAAAUAUGCCACAAAUGUGAUUGGAGUCAUAAGUGGUUAGCACUGCCAUGGACAUAAAUAAUAAAUUGUUAGUUUGAAAUGCCUUUGUCAUGGUAAAAUGAGACUGGUGGCUGAGUGAAUCAGUUCAGGGAAAUAAUCUCAAUGGUGUGGGGAGAACAGGAAUAGCUUAAAGGUAUGGUUUCUGGAUAUUUUAGCAGUGCAAUGUGAUUUUGAGUUCACGUUACCAACUGUUAUAUACAACUUGUUGAUUGAAAGCAAGCACAUGGAAUGACAAAGUGUAGACAUAGUUUCUUUUACUUUUAUAUGAAGACAUUUUCUAAUUAAGUAGUACUGAAUGGUAUAAUUCCUAUUUUGUUACUUUUGUAAUCUCUUAGAAGAAUUAACGGUUAUAUUUCAACAUCGAAUAGAAGUGCAGAGUAGAUACCUAUGCAGAUAUAGAUACUCUGUCUGCAAAAACUGUUUAUAUAUGUGCACUUUUUAAAAAUUUAUAUUUGAAUCUAUUCAAGACUGAAUAUAUUAGAGGGAAAGUUACAGUAAGAAGUAUAUCCAGUACUUUUUUUCAAAUAAUCUAUUUGUAUGGUAACUUUUCACUUAUAUUAAAGAAAUACUAGUUAGUUUUGUACUCAGACUAAGGACAAGAGUAUAUUUUUUAAGAUACAUUUAUUUGGAUAGUGUUACUAUUUGUCGUUGUAUAAAUAUAUUCUUUAUUCUGCAGAUAUUUUAUAUUUGCAAUGAUGUGUUUGUUAAAUAUGAAACAAGGCUGUGUUUUGAUAUCUUAACAAAAUUAUGUGCAAAGGAAAUUACAAAUACAACCCAAGGGUUUUUCUAAUUAAAACAAUAUAUUUGGAAGUGCAGUUGAACCUGAUUAUAAUGCUUUGGAUAUAACAUUGAAGACCACUUGUUCCCCACAGAAUAUGCAUAAAGGAACUAUACUUUUUGCGCUGUGGUUAAGACUCCAGUUCCAAAUCAGAAUUCCUAGUACAUUCUAACCUAAUAACUGGGUUUAACUUUAAAUUAACAUAUAUGAAUUUAAGUAUAUGAAACAGCAGCACAUUUUUCUGGUGUUGCUAUCUACUUCUAUUAUAUUUUAUACUUAAUCAGUAGACAGUGCAACUUUAUUGUACAUAUUAUUACACUAAUGUUCUUUAGCAUUUGCAGACAAGCCCACAUAUCCAUUUUGUAAGCACUGUAUCCGACGUCUGCAAACUACAGCUGCUUUUUCAUCUGGUUUAAAGUAUGCCAAAUCUACUGAUAGGAGCAACUAUACUAGUCUUUGAAUAGUGGGACAGCUAUGUAAUGUAACGCAUUUAACCUCAGAAGUUAUAAUUCAAGGGAUAGAAAUUGGAAAAACUAAUAACAAUAUUGUAGCAAGACAGCAUUAAAAAACUUCACCCCAUUUACAUUGUAGAAUUUUCACUUGAUAUGGAGAAACAGUUAGAAGAUUCAUAUAUAGAAUUCAAUGAAUUGGAUUGAAUAUUGAUAUUUCAUAAAGAAUUUGGGAUACAGAGUCUGUGUGGGUACAGCAAAGGAGCAGUAUAGUGACUAAGCUACGCGUGGGAUGACAAAGGAGUCACUGUUCAAGAAGUCAGCAUUACAUAAAUAUGUUAAGAAAGAUGAAAAAAUACAAUGUAAGGGAGACAGUUUUUUAAAGAAGAUUCUAAAGGGUUCUGACAAUGCUGUAUAACACUUGGAAUUACUGGGUUUUUGGACUUUGUCCAUCAUCCAGUAUUCUACAAAACUUGAGAACAGAUACUCCAUACCACAGCAAACCUUCACAUCUAUAUGGUCUUCCAAAGUUUCACAAACAAGGAAUUUUUCUGAGACCUAUAGUGAGUUCCAUUGGUUCCCCUUACAAUGCCCUGGCUGGUUUUCUCCACGAGAUGCUGAGUCCUCUUGCUGGAAAGUCAGAAUCCUUUGUAACAAAUUUGGGGCACUUCAUACAGUUGUUGAAGUCUGUAAACCUUCAACUCUGGAUACCCAUGUUAGCAUUAACGUACCAGUUGACGAAUCCCUGCAGAUCUUCAGAAAUAUGCUCCAUGAUGAUAACACAUUUGGUGGUACGGUCUGUCUUGCAGAUCGAAGCCAUCAUGGAACUGCUUAAAGUUUGUUUGAGAACCACAUAUUUUCGGGUGGACGAUAAGUUCUUCCAGUAGAAAGAUGGUGUGGGUAUGGGAAGCUCUCUGUCACAUAUUGUUCGCAGCAUAUUCAUGGAGCAUUUUGAGAAACUGACUCUUGACUUCGCAUAAUAUAAACCAUCACUGGGUGUGACAUAUUUGUGGUCUGGCCUCAUGGCCUAGAGUGGUUACAGAAUUUCCUCAGUCACCUAAAUAGUUCAGGGUCUUCCUUCCAGUUUGCCAUGGAAAUAGAGUCACACAGUGCAAUUCCUUUUCUGGAUGUUCUGGUCAUCAAGAAAGGGGCAACACUGGCCACUAAAGUUUACAGAAAACCCACCCAUGCUGGCUGGUGUCUCACCUUCAUAUCUAACCUUCUGCUGAAUAUGAAAAGAGGUUUAGUUCAGAGUUUUCACAGUAGAGCUUCCACUAUAUGCCAACAUCUGUUGGAUGAAAUUAGUAACCAAAGAUGUGAUCUUUAGCUCAACAGUUAUCCCCAAGGUUUCAUCGACUUGGUAUUGAUUCCAAGGGUAGCAGCAGUCCAAAUAAAGAGAAACUUCUGUGCCCAGUUUAUAUACCAGAAAAGUUAAAAUGUGUAGGGACUUGAUAUAACAGACUUUAAAGUUAAACACACACUUAGGAGUUCACUCAUGGAAACCAGGGCAGAAAGAGAUCGCAAUAGAGGGCAUAGUGUGUCUGUAGCAUUCCCUGUGAAUAUGGCAGAAGCUACAUUAGUGAAGCAGGCAGACCUCUUAGCUGUGUCCCUCCGCGAGCAUAGGCAUAAUCUCAAAGAUGAUCUUCUAGAAAAAUAAAAAUAGCCCAACAUGCCUAUGAAGGGGGUCAUAGGGUAGGCUUAGAUGAAGCUGGGAUUUUGGAAAUUGAAAAUAACAGCAGGUACAAGAAAUAUGAAGAAUCAGCCCAUAUGACCAACCUGGUUUGGACAUUUCUCCCAUCUGGAUCCCCCUUAUUAGCAGUGAGCUUAGCAAAUUACAAGGAAGAUCAGUAUGAUCUGACAGAUUCUUCAUGGGCUUCAGUAAUAUUUUAGUCCUGAGGGCUCAGUUUUUAUUCUAAAGAUGGUGAUA